AUGACGAGCUCCAACGUUCAGUUCACGCCUCCUCCCUCGCCGCCUUCGCCGACAGCGUCCUUCUUCGACGUCAGCGACGAGGAGGAGGACGAAUACAACACCAUUGCCCAUUCGACCCCCAAGAAGGGCGUCAGGCUGCUUUUUUCAAAAAGCAAGGUUUACGUCCAUCCCACUCCGUCGGCGAAAGACAACAUCCCCGGCUUCAUCGCGCUCGUCCAGCAAAAGCCCCUACCCUCCACUCAAAAGACUACAUCCUCUAAUUCAAACGCUUCAAGGCCAGAUCUAUCUUCCUUCCUUCUCGCCUGGGUCCCUGAAUCAGCCCUCGGCGAUGCCUACGACACCUACGUCAAGGUCGAUCUCUCAGAAGACGACUCCCCGCCGCGCCAGAGAUACCUAGUACCGCCGCUACCGGAAACAACUACUUUUAAAGAUCCGAUCGGCCUCUACGCAUUUGCGGUUCCACUGUCACAGAUAUAUUCUCUUCUGGUACGGCCGCCGAGCUUGGGCUGGUGGUUCGGUAGUCUUGUGAUCAACACCCGGGCAGGUGACAGCUUUCCGGCACUAUUCUUCCACGACAGCGAAUGCCAGUCGACUAUACUACAAAAAAAGAAGCGGGCUAGAGAGACGUUUGAUCCCUUUGACGAGGAUGGAAGUGUAUUCUGGGGUGGAGACGAGGUUUUGCGAUGGCUAAGGAAAUACGUUGACGUGCAGCGGUCGACCGUUGAUCAUACAGUCUACCUAAUCAACCCGUCUGAAGAAGACCAGCUUUCUUUUGGAAAACCACAGCUCACCGAGGCGGCGGGAUCGCAGGACAAACCAUCCCCUAGGAAAAACGAAUCUGCACCGCACGAUGCAGGGAUGGACCCAUUCAUGAAGGCGAUCAAGGAAACAAGGUGGAGGGUGCUUGAACAGCUCAGCAAGAUAACGACUUUUACGCGACGCACCGCAAACGAGAUAGCCGAGAAUCCGCGCAUUCCCCCGCAAGUCCGUCGCCUCUUAAAGACCCCGGAAAUCCAAACUCUACAAGAAGAGUUCGAUAGCGCUAGGAUAUAUCUUGCACGAUGGGCGAUGAGCAUCUCAGAACAAAGCGAGCGGGAACGCAAUCGACGGAUAUGGACUGCCAGGGACACCCUCGAAAUGGAGAACAGCGCUGUGGGAGAUUUUGAAAUCUUGGAGGCUGAGAUGGGGAAUAUGGCCCUCCAGGAACGCCGCAAGGUGGUCACCCUCAAGGAGUGGCAGGGCUUCUUCGAUCAACAGACUGGCCGACUGCAAGUCACAGUUGAUGAAGUAAAAGAGAGAAUCUUCCAUGGCGGCUUAGAUCCCAACGAUGGAGUGCGCAAGGAAGCAUGGCUUUUCCUCCUUGAGGUCUAUCCAUGGGACAGUGACAGCGAAGACCGCCAAGCUCUUAUGAACUCCAGACGCGACGAAUACAUUCGCUUAAAGGGCGCAUGGUGGGAACGGAUGGUUGAGGGCGACUCCACCCCAAAGCAGCAGGAGUGGUGGAAAGAGCAGCGAAAUCGGAUAGAGAAAGACGUCCACCGCACUGACCGCACAAUCCCUCUCUUCGCAGGCGAAGACAUCCCCCAUCCCGACCCAGACUCCCCAUUCGCAGACGUCGGCACAAAUGUGCACCUCGAGCAAAUGAAAGAUAUGCUCCUAACAUAUAACGAAUACAACCCCGACCUCGGCUACGUCCAAGGCAUGAGCGAUCUCCUCGCACCCAUAUACGCAGUGAUGCAAGAUGACGCCGUUGCAUUCUGGGCCUUUGCCAACUUCAUGAAUAGGAUGGAGCGCAACUUCCUCCGCGAUCAGUCCGGCAUGCGCGCUCAGCUUCUCACGCUGGACCACCUAGUCCAGCUUAUGGACCCGCAGCUCUAUUUGCAUCUCCAAUCCGCCGACAGCACAAACUUUUUCUUCUUCUUUCGCAUGCUGCUCGUCUGGUAUAAGCGGGAAUUCGAAUGGGUGGAUGUCCUCCGUCUCUGGGAGACAUUGUGGACGGAUUACUUAACCAGUAAUUUCCACCUCUUUAUUGCGCUGGCCAUCCUAGAGAAACACCGCGACGUCAUUAUGGAUCAUUUGAAGCAGUUCGAUGAGGUUUUGAAAUACAUCAACGAACUCUCCAACACCAUGGACCUCAUUCCAAUCCUCACCCGCGCAGAAACUCUCUUUCAUCGCUUUGGUCGGCAGAUUGAAGCCAUUGACAAGAAGAAUAAUUUCCCUACGCCGCCGGGGCAGCCUCAAGCUCAGCGACCUACGCCUGCUCAGCCUCAGUCAUCAAAGGGAAAAUCACCUGAGCGACAAUUAGCAGCCAGCACGGGUGUCAGCUCAAGUACACAAGCGGGGCCUGGUAGUAAACCGGAAGCAGCGAAAAUUAUACCCCAAGAGUUGAGGGAUUUGUUCAGGAAAGAUGUUUUUUGGAAUGGGAAUAGCCAGCACUCGAAUUCGAAACCCUAAAACUAUAUGGUAAGAAAGGCACUUUAGCUAUCUGCACCGUCGCUGCAGGACAGGACAUACUACGGCAGGAUAGCUUGAUGAGGCAGACUGGGCUACAAUAUGUUAUGAUAUGGUCUUUUUAUUUUCAGACCCUUUUCUAUGUUGGUUUACGCUUUCUGGCAGUAUGCAUUGUUGUUGGAUAGGCAGCGGCUGCUAUGACUUUGUUCCAGCAAACCACUCAAUACCUACAAUUAUUCAGUGGGUGCUCAUUUACGCGAUUAUACCUUAGCACCUGUGUAAAUGCCCAGUUGCUCCUGGAGUCGCAGAAGGAUUGCAAGGAUGAAAUGCAAACAUAGUUUGGCUAGAGUUAUAUAUACCUAUCCUAAUGCA